GUAGCUUCUCCUCCUAGCGUAAGGACGCAGCGGUGCCUGUUCUCUGCACAUGCGAUAGGAAACCUGUCACGUACAGCCACUCCUCCCGGAGCAACCCGACCCAGCUCCUUAGGAAUCAGUACAACAAAGCGGAGGCAAACAUUGCUAGCUGGCUGGGUUGGCUGUAGCAGGGACGUGGGGACAACAAGGGGCACCAGGUCCAAUGCAAAUCUGAGAGGACACGCGAUUGAUCGAGUGUUGGGUAUAACCGAAGUGGGGAAAAGUCGUUUUAACUGUGUUGUUUUGCUUACAACAAGGGUAGUGUUCGCUCAGCUGUCUUGGAGCGCCACGUUUUAGGACGGCGCGUGCAGGAGUAAAAGCGUCCCAUGCAAGUAAAAAGGGACUCGUGCCUUCGGACGGACAUCGCCAAGUGUCUAAUUGAUGGAUUCAGGGAGAAAGGAACAAACACACUCCCAGCCUCGACAGGAGCACAUUUGCGCCCAAGCUUUUUAGCACUGCUGCACGAGGAGCGUGUGUACUACCUUCGCGGUCGUUGCGAUAACUUUUUUUUUUCCAUAGAAAAGAGGAAGUUUCCAGUCUGUAAUGGAAUAUGAAGGUUGCCAGCUAGCUUGCAAGUUAGAGGCUACUUCACUUCUAAGCAGUGACUGUUAAGGCUGUUUUAUUUCGCCAAUCGAAUGCACUAGCCUGGCUAGGUGGCACUCGGAUAUUGCUGAAAUUCAGCAACAGUAGGUUUUUUUUUAUACGCGCAUUCGCUUGCCCUCAGAUUAACAUCCAGAUGGAGGUCAGGCCCUCUGAUAUUCAGGAUGACAAAGGGAAUAAUCCAUCGAAAGUGGAGAAAAGAUUUGCCCUUUGUUACAUGGGCUGGUCACCGCUGGACAGGCGCACCACCCUGCCCAUGCUCCCUUGGCUGGUGGCAGAGAUUCGCAGGAAGAGUGAAAAGAACGAGACGGGACCCGUCCAGGCCAGGGAAGUUGAGCUGAUCCUAAUGCCUCCACUCAUCCGAUGCGUCCCGGCGAAUAACAGCAACGCGUCCAUUUUCAUCUUCGAACACAAAGCGCAGUUCAUUUCACGAUUCAUUCACAACAGCCACGACCUCACCUAUUUUGCCUACCUGAUCAGGAGCCAGCCUGACAACCCAGAGUCGGAAAUGGCAUGCCAUGUUUUCCGAGCGAGCGAUCCCAACAAGGUGCCCGAGGUGAUCAGCAGCAUCAGGCAGGUGUCCAAGUCGGCGCUGAAGGAGGAUUCCAAGCCCAAGCAGGAGGCCGAGGAGGCCUUCUACAACUCGCAGAAGUACGAGGUGCUGUACUGCGGAAAGGUGACCGUGGCGCACAAGCGGGUGCCGUCCACCCUGGUGGACGACUGCAUCGACAAGUUCCGGCAGCACGAGGCGGAGCAGAGGCGGCCGCGCCCGCUCAACGGCCAGCGAGGCUCCGCCCACACGCCCGUCGACUUCCUCCUGGGGGACGACCCCCUCAGCCCCGUCCUAGCGACCUGCCUGGAGCCCGAGAUCCUGGGACCGGUGGAGAGCGCUGACGGCCCGAGCCUGGGGAGCAUCCGGGCGGGUUUCCCAGAAUGCAUCCUGGAGGACUCCGGGUUCGAGGAGCAGCAGGAGUUUCGCACCAGGUGCAACAGCCUGGCGGGCGGGCUGCAGCGGAGGCAGCGGGAGGGGCCGCUGAAGGCCCCCCCCCGGAGGAGGCACGCCAGCGCUCCCAGCCACGUCCAGCCCACCGACGCGGAUAAAAACCGCACCAUGCUCUUCCAGGUUGGGCGCUUUGAAGUCAACCUCAUUAGCCCCGACUCCAAGUCGGUGGUGCUGGAGAAGAAUUUCAAGGACAUUUCUUCCUGCUCGCAGGGCAUUAAGCAGACGGACCAUUUCGGGUUUGUCUGUCGCGACCCCGCAGAGACGGGGUCCAGCCAGUACGUGUGCUACGUGUUCCAGUGCGCUAGUGAGUCCCUGGUGGAUGAGGUGAUGCUCACUCUGAAACAGGCCUUCAGCACAGCAGCAGCUCUGCAGAGCGCUAAGACUCAGGUGAAGCUGUGUGAGGCCUGCCCCAUGCACGACCUGCACAAGCUGUGUGAGCGUAUCGAAGGCCUCUACCCCCCCAGGGCAAAGCUCUCGAUCCAGCGGCAUCUCUCCCAGCUGUCUGACAACGAGCAGGCGGACAUUUUUGAGCGGGUUCAGAGAAUGAAGCCGGGCUCGGACCAGGAGGAGAACGAGCUGGUCAUCCUGCAGCUGAGGCAGCUGUGCGAGAGCAAACAGAAAACACACCUGCACAUCGGGGAGAUGCCACAGACGCACAGCGUCCCGAAUAACAGCACUUCAGAGAGCAGCACGAGCGCGGGCCGCUUCACGCUGGACGUCCUGAAGAACAAGGCCAGGAGCUCCCUCACCAGCUCCCUGGAGAACAUCUUCUCUAGGGGGGCCAGCCGGAUGCGGGGCCGUUUGGGGAGCAUGGGCAGCGCUGAGAGGCACGACUACUCUCCCGGGGACUCCCCGCCGGGCACGCCCCCGAGCUCCUUCGCCGAGGAAGACUCCGACGUUCCACAGUUCCGCCGCCGGGCGCACACCUUCAGCCACCUGCCGGUGAAGAAGCGCAUCUCCUUCAGCGAGCCGCAGACCCACGGCACCAAGGCCCCGCUGCGCAGGCAGCAGUCUGUGGCCCCCGAGCUGCUGCAGAGCAGCCCCGUCUUCUCGAGAGCACGCAGUGUUUCAGUGAGCGAGACCGUCAGCCUCCCCUCCUCCUUCUCAACUCCCAAUUUCCUGAAAAACUUUUACCAGGGGUCCCUGGGGUCCCUGAGCUCGCUAGCCGACAGCGGGACCCUCAAGAGCAGUAAUGGAGACAGCAGAAAGAAGUCCUUCUCGGGGGGCAGCAGUGAGACUCUAAUUUCUGGGCCCCCCUUCACCCCCCGCCGGGUCUCCUGGCGUCAGAAGAUCUUCCUGCGGGUGGCCUCCCCCAUGAACAAGGCCCCAGCGUCCAUGCAGGACCCAGAGGACCAGGAUGGCAGCGAGCUGCUGCCCCUCUCCCCACGCGCUUCGUUUCCGGACCAGCACCCCCUGGCCAGCCUGCUGUCCCCGGACCAGCCCCCCUCCGGGGAUCGGCCCCGGCGCACCGGGCCGGAGUACCGGGCCCUGUGGAAGAAGGCCAUCCACCAGCAGAUCCUGCUCCUGCGCAUGGACAAGGAGAACCAGCGCCUGGAGGAAGCCAGCAGAGAUGAGCUUCACAUCCGGAAGAUGAAGCUGGACUACCAGGAGGUGGGCCAGUGUCCCGCGGACACCCUGGCCCAGUGGGAGAAGAAGCUGAGCGUCCCAGGAUGGGCCAAAGCCCAGUGGGAGAAAGAGGAGCUUCAGAGCACCCUGUACCAGGGCGUGCCUAAGACGCGCCGUGGGGAGGUGUGGCAGCUCACUGCACAGCAGCACCGACAGCAGCACCGGCUCCCCAGCAGGCAGCAGCCGCCGGACACGCCCUACCAGGCCCUGCUCAAGCAGCUGACUGCGCAGCAGCACGCCAUACUGGUGGACCUGGGGCGUACCUUCCCCACGCACCCGUACUUCUCUGCGCAGCUGGGCCCGGGGCAGCUGUCCCUGUACAACCUGCUGAAGGCGUACUCCCUGCUGGACACGGAGGUGGGCUACUGCCAGGGCCUGAGCUUCAUCGCCGGGGUGCUGCUGCUGCACAUGAGCGAGGAGCAGGCCUUCGACAUGCUCCUCUUCCUCAUGUACGACCUGGGGCUCCGCCGCCAGUACCGGCCCGACAUGGUCUCUCUGCAGAUCCAGAUGUACCAGCUGUCCCGGCUGCUGCAUGACUACCACCGCAGCCUGUACUGCCACCUGGAGGUGCACGAGGUGGGCCCCAGCCUGUACGCCGCGCCCUGGUUCCUCACCGUCUUCGCCUCGCAGUUCCCCCUGGGGUUCGUGGCCCGCAUCUUCGACCUCCUGUUUGCUCAGGGGCCGGAGGUGGUCUUUAAAGUGGCCCUGAGCCUGCUCAGCAGCCACGAGGGCGAGAUCCUGGAGUGCGACAGCUUCGAGACGGUGGUGGACUUCAUGAAGAUCACCAUCCCCUCCCUUACCCAGGCCCAGAUGGAGCACGUCAUCGCCCAGGUGCUGGAGAUGGACAUCUCUAAGCAGCUCCAUGCCUAUGAGGUGGAGUACCACGUUCUGCAGGACGAGAUGCUGGAGGCCAUGCCAGCAUCUGAUGACUCAGACCGCUUGGACAAGCUGGAGAGGACCAAUGCCCAGCUGAAGAAGCAGAACAUGGACCUUCUGGAGAAGCUCCAGGCUGCGCGGGGUAAGAUCCAGAGCCUGGAGCAGAGUGUGGAGAGCUUCGUGUCGCGCGAGAGCCAGAUGAAGCACACGAUCCGCGCGCUGGAGCAGGAGAAGGCCUCGUUUCAGAAGACCGUGGAGCGCAUGCGCGGCUGCCAGCCCGAGGACGCCGUGUGCGACGUCGAGCUCACGCACAUCAAGCCCGGCUCUGACGGGAAACCCAAAGCCGCCAAAAAGCCCUGAUGCGCCGUGGAGCCGGGCCGGGGGCGGGUGGACAGAUCUCCCCCCCCCCUUUCAUUGUAAAAAGUUGACUUGUGAUCACUGGUGUUUAUUUUGAGUGGCCUUAACAUUGUGGACCCGGGAUAUUGUGAAAGUGCCCUGGAGUGGGGCAGUGUUCCUCUCCAUCGGUGUAAAUGUGUGAGAGAGGAGCUCUAGGCCUCUCUGUGUGCUCUGUCUGCUGCCCUCCUAUUGGAGCAGAGUCAGCGGCUUGGCUCUGCUAUCGGGAGAUUUCUGAUAAACGCGUAAUCGCCACCGAUGUCGCCUUUCUUCUAGACACGCCUAUAUUCCCCCCCUGCUUCGCUGGAGUCUGCAGUCCUAUUCAGUCAGUAAUUCACCUGUGCGUUAGCGAUUCACCAGUAAGCUAUUCAAUCUAAUCAUUCUGCGUGUUCACAUACGUCCCCGUGCGACGAGGGUAAAAAUCUAAACAAAAACAAAUGUGUGCUUUGGAAGAAAAAAAAAUACUUGAAAUGAA